AUGGAGGAGGAGUUGGUGGAAGUGUUACAGAAAUUCGCCCUCUCAGAGAAGGAAGUUGGGAGUACUCCCCUUGAUUUGGGGGACUUAGAUGAAGGAAUUUUAGAGUGUCAGGGUAGUAUUAUAGGUAAGAUAAGGGGGGAGAAGAUUGCUAAUUUCACAGGAGUUAAAAAUUUUGCUACUGUGGCUUGGAGCUAUCCUAAAGGCCUUAGAGUAGCUGAGUUAGGACCUAAUGUGUUUCAAUUUACUAUCCCGGAUGCUAAGGAAAGUGAACGAAUCCUUGAAGGAGGUCCCUGGAUUAUAGACAACCAGAUUUUAGUGCUUAGGAAUUGGGUGGUGGGGAUAGAAGAGGAUGAAGAUGCUUUUAGUGUAGCUCCUAUUUGGGUGCAAGUGUGGAACCUACCCAUACACUGUCUGUCUAAGGCAGUAGGAAAGAAAGUGGGAACUGUCUUUCACGAGGUUAAGGAGGUGUUAAUUCCUCAAUCAGGGGGCAAGGAAGGGAAACAUAUGAAACUUCUUGUUCUGAUAGAUAUUACACAGCCUUUGUUGAGAGGAACAACGAUCCAGAUGAAUGGGGUGAAUAAAUGGCUGUCAUUUAAAUAUGAAAGAUGUCCUGACUUCUGCUAUAGCUGUGGAGUCAUUGGGCACAGUGAAAAGAAUUGUAAGUUCCCUGUGAUAGUGAAGAAGGGGCAAUAUCAGAAUCAGUAUGGUCCUUGGAUGAGGGUGUUUGGUGGAAGAUGA